UCGAUAAAUUAUCGAAUCUCAGCUGAUUUCGGACUUUUCAAGAACUUAAAAAGUGCAUUUAUAUUUUCUGUAAUAUCCCAUUGCUAAGAAAAAUGAUAAAAAUUAGCGAUGAAAAGACCUGGCAGAGCAGCAGAGACUCAGUCUACGAAGUUGGCGACUCGUAUAGCGGCCAGAAUGCCAAUCGACCUCUGGUGGCCACGAACUGCUCCGAAUAUGCGGUGGCCCAUGCAAACUGCCAGUUGCGUCCGGUUCGUCGAUUUGCGGAGGUUUCUCUUCUGCCGGACAUCCUGGAAACCAUGAGAAACUUGGGCCUAAACCGGUUGCUCCGACUGCAAAGCUACACAUGGCCACACUUGGCCGGAGGAUCUGGGCACGGGGCGAUGAUUGUGGGGUCUCCGGCCAGUGGUCGCACUUUUGCUUAUAUACCACCUGUUUGCCAUGCUGUUUCCAGAGCUCUAAUGGAUUUCACAGGUCAGUGCGAGGAUGUGGAGCACGAUAUCUCUCAACCGGAUCGCUAUGGCCCCAUAGCAUUGAUCCUCGUACCGGAUCUGCGACGCGUUCACCAGGUCAGCGCGAUGUGUCUAGCCCUGCUGCGCAAGGCGCAUAAGAAUGACUCCGUUACAUUGGCACUCAAUGUUUCCUCCACGAAAAGUUCACAGUUCUUCCUCAAGCUUUUGAACGGAGUUGGUUGCCUGGUGGCCACUCCUGCUCAGCUGGUAUGGUUUUGGCAAGAAGCUCCUGGCCUAAUGCGAUUUCCGUGCCUGCAGUUCCUAGUGUACGACGACGUGGACCUGAUGUCCAGGGAGCAGCUACAGGACGUUCAGCAGGUGCUGCAGGAGAUCCUCCCCCUGUCACACUCUCCCCAAGUGGUAAUGGUUUCGAAGUCAUAUUGUCACACGCUGAUGUCCAAAUUAAGAGCUGUCAACGAUAAACCGGCUCUUGUAUUCGGCGAUAUACUGGAGGCUGCCCUUUACGGCGGAACACGUAUACGAAUCUCCAUAAUGCGCUCAGAAGCUAAGGCCAACGCAGUGGUCCAAAUGCUGCAGCAGUGUUCCCCCGAGGAGUUCCGAACGGUUAUUUUCUGCAGCGAUGACGGGGACAUGCAAUGCCUCGUGGCAGCUUUGGAAGUUCAACACUACAGUUGCCUACCUUACUACCAGACUGCAGACCUGGAGGUUAGGCAGCAGGUCCAUAGCUGGCAGGCAAGAAGCAACGGUGUUAUUUUGCUGUGCACAGACAAUUGUCCGGAGCUGGACAUUCGAGAUGCGCACACCAUAAUUCAUCACAGUAUGAGUCACUCGUGGAGCAAGUUUAAGUUAAGGCACCUCAAAAUAUCCGACAAUCUUUGCAAUAUGGUGAAACCUACAGCGAGCAUUGUGAAGAAGCCACUGUAUUCUCUGGUGCUCCUUGACGAUAACAAUCACCGUCAAUUGCCGCGUCUCGUAGACUUUCUUCAGCUGCACCAAAAAGUGGACCACCGCUUAGUUGAGGUGGCCAAACGAAUACGGCAGGAGUUGGGAAAAGCCAGAAACGACCAGCAUCAGUUGUGCGAUCAAAUCCUAGUGCUGGGCAAGUGCUACGAUCCUGUUUGCGAGAGUCGUCAUCGCCUGUCCCAUAUCGACAGGAGGCCUGAUUACUUGCCCGCGUCUGGAGAUGUCAAGGUUCAGCUAGUCAAGGUUUACUCGCCGACACAUUUUUGCGUUCGCCUACUUGAACAUCUACCGCCCAAAGGCACGUGGCGGAUGAUGGAAUAUUCGGCUGUACAGGAGUUCCGCAUGCAGUUGACGCAGAUCAAGGAGCCCCGACGCUACUGGCCACCUGUUGCCGGAGCAAUUUGUAUGUACCACACCACAUUUACCAAGGAGCGUGUUCGCGUCCUGAAGGUGGCGGCUAUAAAAAACACGAACAUAGUUCAAUCCGAUUUGACAGUGAAACUCCAGGCCCUAGACGUUGACACGCGGAUCUUCUCUACGAACUGUGGAAAACUGUUUGAGUGUCCGGAGGCGUUGCAGCAGGAGGCUCCGUUGGCCUGCGAUCUGCGCCUUCCAGGCUGGGUGCCUUAUUUCGGCGAGCGCAGCUGGACUGAAGAAAAUAUUCGCAAUGUAAAUUUAAUUCUGACCCAACUUCCAAAAGAUCACUUCCUGCAGGCCAAAAUACUUUUCGUCGCCGCAGGAACUUUGUUUGUCCAGGAUCUGGUAGCCAUAAUGUAUGCGGACCAAUUUAAGGCGCAUGUGCGGCACCUAAGCCUAGCAAGGCGUCUUGUUGAAGCAACCUUAGUCAAAAGAAGUGAGAAUGCUGCCGAAAUGAUCCGGGAAUUUUUUGCGGAGGUGAUAAUAGAAGACGAUAUAGAUGAGAACGUUCAGGAUUCCAAGGAAAAAGCAAAUAGCAAACCACAUGAAAAAAUGAAAGGUAAGAUGACAGAUCAACCGGCCAAGCUGCAGAGUCAGCCGCCUUUAAGCGGUAGGUGUCUGCGACUAGCCAAUAUGGCUCACGAGUCGGUCAAGGAGAAUCAGCUGCAUCAGGAACUGCAAGAAAGACGAUAUGAAACCCCGGAAAUACCACACCAAUCCAACGAAUCUGACAUCCCUCAAUCCAAUGAAGACAGAUUUUCCCAACUGUAUGAGUGUAUCAUGAAUUGCGCCUCUUUACAGCUGGAAGAUGAAAGUAAACCGGCAAAGCAUCCUGACCAUGUGCUCAGCGAGUCAGUUGAAUUCCAUAAAAUUAUGACAAACGAGGAUGCUACACCUGACCAUACUCAGGAGAAGACUGCAUUACUACUACUUCCUAACAAUGUAGCGAGACCGUCCGUGACCUACUAUCAGACCAUGACUACCUUAGAGUUUCAGGUGUUUCUGCCAGAAGAUGACCAUGACUACAAGGCGCUACUGCUCGGAGCACAGUUGUUCUUUAGGGCAAUCUCCAAAUCCUCAGAUUUAAUUCUGCAGUUUAUUAUGACCCUCAGAUUUCCAUACAGCUCAAUGAGUCAUAACAUCCGCGGACGGACUGUGUACAUAAGUGUCAAAAAGCUGCUGGCCCUUAUCGAUCCAUUGGCAUUCAGAGAGUAUCGAUUUCUAAAGCCCAAUCACGAUUUGUUCGAUAAGGUUGAUAAACAACUACAGGAGACACAGAAUCGAUUGGUUCGUUUCCUGGAGGAUAUGAAUUAUGUGAAACGAAAUUUCGAGGGACAGGAAAAGCGCGAGACCAGUGAGGACGAAGAAGUGAAUGUGGAAGGGAUUGAGCGUCCAGACUGCCAUAAAAUAUGGGACUUAUAAUCAGAAACUAAAAAGAAAAGCCAUUUAUACAUUUACAACUAUUGUUCUUUUCAUGGGGCCACGAAGAAAUAUAAGGUUGAGACUGUUCAAAACAAUCACACAAAUAUAUAUUUCCUAAAAUGGUCUUUUGACUCAGGUAAACUAUAUAUAAGGAAAAGGUAAAUAGCAUGAAAGGAAUAAUAAACUAGAAAAAAUCGUGUGCUCUUGAGUAUUAAAACCUGUAAAAUGUUUUGGCAACGCUUCAGAAAAAAUCUUGAAAUAAAAAACUGGUUUCAAACGUUUAAUUU